AUGGUGUGUGAUGGAAAACAAUUGAUCUUUUUUGAUCAAACAAAUGUUAAAUGUGAACAUGUCCUGACACAAUGACACUGCUGGAGCUGUCCGUCUGCGGUUAUGACCUAUCAGUGCUAAGGACUGACAAGCUGUGUGUUCCAGUGGCUGUUCGAACAUGCUGGGAGUUGUAGUUUUGCAACAGCUGGAGGCAGACUUGUUGGCUCAAUGCCAAAAACACUACUUUCCCCCGAUACACCAACAUCACAGGUUCUUCAAGCAAAAUAUCUUCAUCACAGCUCAGCCCCACAUGAGGACAAGAAAUGAGAACAGGAUGUGAGAUGGGGAAUUCAUAUGCGGGACAGCUGAAGACAACGCGUUUCGAGGAAGUUCUGCACAAUUCCAUCGAGGCUUCUCUGAGGUCCAACAACUUGGUCCCAAGACCCAUUUUCUCCCAGCUCUACUUAGAAGCUGAACAGCAGUUGUCAUCCAUAGAAGGUGGUGUGGACAAUGACGAUGAUGAUGAAGACGAUGAUGUAUCUGGGUCAAGUAGUCCAACUCACUCGUAUCAGAACAAACCUCCACCUGAAGGCUGCUGCACCACUGAUGGUUUUUGUCAGGCCGGUAAGGACUUGAGAUUGGCGUCAAUUGCCUCUGAGCAGUUUGAAGUGCCCCCGGGAUUUUUAUUGGUUGGUGCAAAGUCUCCAAGUUUGCCAGAUCACGUCCUUGUAUGUGCGGUGGACAAGAGGUUUCUACCAGAUGACAAUGGACGCAAUGCACUACUAGGAUUUUCUGGCAAUUGCGUUGGAUGCGGAGAGAAAGGCUUCCGUUACUUUACAGAGUUUUCCAACCACAUUAACCUUAAGCUGACCACACAGCCCAAGAAACAGAAACACUUGAAGUAUUAUCUCAUCCGGAACGCACAAGGAUACUUAACAAAAGGCGCCCUUAUUUCCUGGAAGGGGACAGAAGUAAGAAGCCGCCAUUCUUCUUCUAGCUUGACAUCAACCACUGGGCUCACUCUGCUGGAUAGUUCUGUCGCCAUGAUAAAUAAGAUGAGUGAUCCCGCUAUACAUAUGACAAAUGGCGGUCCCCUGGCAGGAGAAAAUGGAUUUCCCCAAGUGCCGAAUGGAACGACUUAUCAAAAUAAUAAUGGCACAUAUACCCAGCAGUCUGCGAAGCUGAAUCCAUCUGUACAGACUAGACCAGCAGUAUUAGGAAAUGUUACCAACUCUGGCCCUCCCAAAAAACGACACAAAGGGUGGUCACCGGAGUCCCCCUCUUCCACAGAUCCCAGUUAUCCACAAAACAACUAUCACAAUGCCAGUAGCCAUGGAAAAGUUGAUGCCAUAGGUCAAGUAUGUGCGCCACAACCCACCCCUGGCAACCCCCUGUCUUCUGCCCUGGUGGCCUCAGGGGAAUCUGUAUCCAUCCCAGACAACCUCCUGAAGACGUGCAUGAUAACACCGGUCAUUUUUAAAGGCCAUGGUAACUUCCCUUACCUUUGUGGCAAUGUGAAUGAGGUCAUUGUCAGCCCUCUCUUGUUCAACUGCUACAAGAACUCCCAGUCCAUGCCGAAGACCUAUGAGCAAUAUGGCCACACCACCAUCCAGCCAAUCUCUGAGGAAAUGCAGCUACUGCUUACCGUCUAUUACCUCGUCCAACUCGCUCCAGACCAGAUGCCUCUCAUAGAAGAUCUAGAACAGAUUUUGAUGCGUUCCUGGAGGGAAACCCACCUUGCUGAGAUCCGCCAGUACCAGCAGAACAUAUCGCAGACCUUCCCGCACUUUCCGAACCAUGUGACCGCCGUGACUGCCUCCCAGUUGCCCUGGUUAGCGGGCUUGGCUGCCAGUUCCUGUAAUGAAAGUGUUAAGAUCAUUGAGUGCAGCUUCUCCUUGGCAGAGGGUCUCUCGGAAAUGUGUAAACUGCUGGUGGAGGGAAAACUGAGCAAGACCAACUAUGUGGUGAUAAUCUGCACAAUGCGACCCACCAGUAUAGACUCCUGCAUCGUGAUAACAGGAAAAUACCAGGCUCGCGCAUUGAUUGAAAGUAUGUACUCGCCAGCGGACUACCUAAAGGAAAUAAACUAUGAACUGACAAGUGGGAAGGCCGAGUCCCUACGAGCGUUCUUCAGCAGCUUCUGCCCAGAUGGAGACAUUGACGUCCUAUUGGAUAAAUACCAUCAGGAAAGCCACAGCCUCAUUUCUUCAACACCAAAGAAGACAACUGGGGAGACCAGGCCCGCUGCAUGCUCUAGCUAUAACAUAGAGUGGCACCAUCUGCGUCCCUCUCAGCUGGCGGUGGCCCAGAAGCUGUUGUCUCACGUGUGCUCUAUCGCAGACUCCAGCACCCAGAACCUUGACCUGGGAUCUUUCGAGAAAGUAGAUUUUCUUAUUUGUGUUCCUCCUUCUGAAGUCACUUACCAGCAAACCCUGUCUCAUGUCUGGAGUUCAGGUGUCCUGCUGGAACUGGGCUUAGAGAAGGAUCAGCUGACUAGACAGUCCUUGGAGCAAUAUGUCAUAAAAAUCGAUCCUGACGCCCCCAGGAAAUUCAAGUUGUUUCUUCAAAAAGCCAUGCAAAAUCCACACACGCUGUUCGUCCUGGUUCAUGACCACGCGCACUGGGAUCUUACCAGCAGCUCCUUAUACACUCCCCAUCCUCAGAAGGACACCUCCUUCGGACUGGUUGACCGGUUGUUGAACUGCAGGGAAUUGAGAGAUGCGCCCAAUAUAUUACAUCUGCAUGUGACAUCUUGCCCCUACGCCCUGCAAACCCAGAACACCCGUAUCAGCCCUUACAAUGAGAUCCAUUGGCCUUCAUCAUACAGCCAUGGGACGGAACUGUACCAUGAAAACAGGAAGUACUUUGGCCUAUCGCAGUACAUUGAAUCCACGCUGUCUGGGCACAGUCUGCCACUGCUGCGUCAUGACAGUUCCUUUGAAGCCAUUGUGUUGGCAUUAGGAAAAAGGUUUCCUAAGCUUCACAGUGCUGUGAUUCGGACAUUCCUUCUCGUACAGCACUACUCCUCAGCCAUGAUGGCCAUCUGUGGACUCUCCCAGAUGAAGAGCUAUACCUCAGUGGAAACCCUUGAGAUUAUUCAAAACCUCCUGAAUUCACCCAAACAGUGUGCCAGUGGGCAUGGGCUUAUGGUCCUCUUGAGGAUCCCUUGCAUUCAGUUGGCCACUUUGGCUUAUGAACGUCUCUGCCAUAUUAGAGAGCGACUGGGCUUACAAAACCGUUUUGAAGUCAUACUGGGGACGGCCAACUCAGCCAUAACUAUUGGGAAGCACUUUGUGGACCAGCUAAAGGUCUGGCAAAAGAAUGAGGAGAAAGACUGGCAGCCGCGGACGUACCUGGAGCUGGAAGGCCUUCCAUGCAUUCUGAUUUGCAGUGGAACAGAACCUCUUGGGGAAUCUUUGCCAAGGUCUUUACGAUACUGUGAUCUCCGUCUAGUACAAUUUCAUACUUGGGAAAGGACAGCAAUAGAACAAGAACUGGGAUUUGCAUCUUGCUUUCUUGAUUCAGAUGGAUCUCAGGACAGAGGGCUGGGCAGGGAUGUCCUGGACAGUGACCCAGAAAAACUAAGUAGCACCGACAAUGAGGAGGAGGAGAUGGGGAUGGAUGGUUCUAAUUCGGAGAAACGGAGCCCGGCUAAAAGGCAAAGAUCUCCGUCAGACGAUUCUGCCUCUUCAUCUCUAUCUUCAAAAGCUUCUGGGUCAGUUUCCAGCAGUGAAUCAUCAUAUACAGCAAUGGUGGAUGAUACCACGAAGCCAACACAACAGUUAAAGGUCUCUAACAGUGAUGACUGUGCCACAGAAAAACUGAAGUCACCAUCUGAUAACAACACGAAGAAACCAUCUGCAGUCACCUGCGAACAACCGGACAGUAACACUCACUCCACGAAGAACAAUUCCAGCUCAGCAUCAACACCAUCUUCAACAUCCUCUUCUUGUUUUCAUAGUGGAGCUGGCCUACAGAUCUCACAGUGCGCCAUGGCCAAGGCCUAUAAACAGCCGCCCGUGGUGUUCCUUCCUAAACUGGUGUAUGACAUCAUCACCUCCACAGACAGCAGCGGGCUCUCCAAGUCCUCAUCUUUUUUGCCCCACUGUGACGUCUCGUGGGCCAGUUCUUUCCGUCCCCUGUUAAGUAAGAUGAUGACUUGUACAGAGCAGUCAUUGUAUUACCGCCAAUGGACGACACCUAAAGCAAGUCAUAUGGACUACUGUAAUAUUAAUGAGGGAAGAAUGGAUACUUUCCACCCAAGAAGACUGCUGCUUAGUGGGCCACCACAGGUGGGGAAGAGCGGCGCCUACCUCCAGUUCCUGAGCGUCCUGUCCAGAAUGCUCAUCAGGCUGACGGAGGUGGAUGUGUAUGAUGAGGAGGAGAAAAAUAUCAGCCUAAAAUCCCAUCCUGAUCCACCUCUUCACCAGACACAGGACAUGUGGCCUAAUGUGGAUUUAGUUAAGAAGAUGGACUUCGAUUACGUUCUGCAUGACCCCAAAUAUGAAGACGCCAGUGUGAUUUGUCCUGAAUUUCAGAAUUUCAACAAGGAAGAUAAACCAACUCAUAGGAGACAUGAAGAUAUAUAUGUACGGCGCCCGACGACACGGAUGAGAUUAUCUAAAUAUGCCUCGUAUAACACCUACCACCACUGUGAGCAGUGCCACCAGUACAUGGGGUACAACCCCAGGUUUCAGAUGUACGAGUCGACAUUACAUGCUUUUGCUUUCUCCUAUUCCAUGUUGGGGGAGGAAAUCCAGCUUCACUUCAUCAUCCCUAAAUCCAAAGAGCAUCAUUUUGUCUUCAGCCAACCAGGGGGGCAGCUGGAAAGCAUGAGACUACCGCUUAUCACAGACAAGGGCACUGACAACGUGAAAAGUCCAAUGUUCACCCCGACGACAGGCCGCCAUGAGCACGGUCUUUUCAACCUCUACCAUGCCAUGGAUGGCAGCAGCCAUCUUCAUAUUCUAGUUGUCAAAGAGUACGAGAUGGCUAUCUAUAAGAAAUACUGGCCAAACCACAUCAUGUUGGUCCUGCCUAGUAUUUUCAAUAAUGCUGGAGUGGGAGCAGCGCAUUUUCUCAUAAAAGAGCUGUCAUAUCACAACCUGGAGCUGGAGCGGAACAGACAAGCCGAGCUGGGGGUCCCCCACCAAGACGUGUGGCCCUUCAUAGUCAUAGCUGAUGACUCUUGUGUCAUGUGGAACACGGUGGAUGUUAAAGUCACAGAAGAUCCAAGGGAUUUCUCGUGGCAUGAAAGAAACGUGUCCCUAAAACAUGUACUACAGCACAUGGAGGCCACGCAGAACGUUGUCCAGUAUGCUAUGCUUGGGACGCGCAAAUGGACAAGCAAGACGAAAGGUGUAGACGUGACAGAUCCCUUCUCGCGCUGUCACCUGCACGACUUUGUUCUCCUCAAUGUGGACCUGACACGGGAUGUCCAGUACAACCAGAACAGAUUCACGUGCCAUGAUAUCGACUUUAAUCUACGCGUGAACAGCUCCGGGCUGCUCAUCUGUCGCUUUAAUCGCUUCAGUCUCAUGAAGAAGCAAAUUGCAGUUGGAGGACAUCGCUCUCUGCAAAUUAAACCCAAAGUCCUUGAUUUAUCGCUGUCUGUUUCCUCGGCUCACUACAUCUGCGCUCCCGAUAGUAAACACACCAUUCUGGCCGCCCCCGCUCAACUACUCCUGGAGAAAUUCCUGCAGUUUCACAGUCACCGGUUCUUUCCUCUGUCAGUGAAUAACCACAGCCACCCAGUGCUUGUAGUCGAUUGUUACCUCAACCUAGGACCCCAGAUUUCAGUGUGCUGUGUCAGCUCUCGUCCGCACUCUGUUAACAUUAGCUGCCCCGACAUGACGUUCAGCGGGCUGCUGCUGCACCUCUGCGACUCUUUUGUUGUUGCCAGUUUCUUGAAGAAGUUUCAGUUCCUCAAAGAUGCCACCCUGUGUGUUGUGUGCCAGGACCGCAAUGCUCUCCGCCAGACAGUGGUCAGACUGGAGCUGGAGGACGAGUGGCAAUUCCGUCUACGAGAUGAGUUCCAAACAGCCAAUGCCAAGGAAGACAAACCCUUGUUCAUCUUGACUGGACGCCAUGUGUAAAAAAAAGAAAACCAGUGGCGUCCACUUACCUGCAGCCCUUACCUGGAUUCUCUGUAUAGAAAAGGACUAUUUCAUGUUUUGCACUGAAUUACAAUGUCAGUGCUGGUAAACAGCGAUACCUGACAUGGUAACAUGGACAAACACACCGGUUACAUUCCUAGAUUUAUUUAUAUGUAAUAUGUAUCUGUAUAUAUUUUAGGCACUGAAUAGACACUAAUGUUACUUUUUAAUUGAUGUUUCUUUGUUUUUUAUUACAAGGGGAAUGAAUAAUAUUCUUGGCUUUUUAUUACGUCGGAUGGCAGCAGGAGGAGCUGUACUUAAGGCAGGUCAGCUGAGAGCACAAUUCAUUGUCAGCAGGAGAAUUAUCUUUAGUGCAGAUAGUUUAUAUAGCGGUAGUAUAAAGUAGUAUUCAUUAAAGGGGUACUCCCGUGGAAAACAUUUUUUUUUAAUCAAUUGGUGCCAGAAACUUCUAUCAAAAAAUCUUAAUCCUUCCAGUACUUUUUAGGGGCUGUAUACUACAGAGGAAAUGCUUUCUUUUUUGGAUUUCUCUUCUGUCAUGACCACAGCGCUCUCUGCUGACCAUUUUAGGAACUGUCUAGAGCAUCAUAUGUUUGCUAUGGGGAUUUUGCUCCUGCUCUGGACAGUUCCUAAAAUGGACAGCAGAGGUCAGCAGAGAGCACUGUGGUCGUGACAGAAGAGAAAUCCAAUAAGAAAAGCAUUUAUACAGCCCCUAAAAAGUAUUGGAAGGAUUAAGAUUUUUUUAAUAGAAGUAAUUUACAAAUCUGUUUAACUUUCUGGCAGCAGGGAGUACCCCUUUAAAUAGUGAUGCCAACCGGGGCCUAGGCCUUGGGGCAACAGACUUAGGCUGGGUUCACAUCACGUUUUUCCAUACGGUUUUCAAUCUGUUUUUCUAAAGAAAACCGGAUGGCAAAAAAAUGGAUGGAACAAUAUG